AUGUCGACGAGUAAUGAGUUGAGUGACUUGGAGACGCCGAAGCUUCGCAUGAAGCCGGCUGUCAGUCGGAUAUUCUGCUGCAGUGUCACUGCUGCUUCUGGUUUUGUUGCGGCAUAUGCUUUGGUGGCAUACGCGAUCGCCUUGAUAUACGAGAUAGUUUGGGUGGUGGAGUCCCAGAGCGGUCUGCCGCUGGCGUCCGCGCUGCUGAUGGUCUGCUACUGCAUCGUCAUCGCUGCCACCGUCGUACUGGUGCAUGGACUUAUUUCUAAAAACAACAGAUGCCUGCUGGCGUGGUUGAUAGCAGUCAUACUAGUUCUCAUACCGGAAUGUGCUCUAGUCUUUUACAUGUCUAUAAGUCAUUGGGGUCUACAAGGCGUAUACGGUGGCGCAGAGUUGGCAUGUUACGUGGCGCGACUGCCAGCCAUCGUGUGUGGAGUCGUGCUCGUACAAUCUGCGUAUGCACUUAGGGAAGCCAGGAAAGCCGGUUACGGUGCAGGCGGUGCGGUAAGCGGGAGCGAGUUCGACGCGAGCCACUACGUGCCAGACGCGCCUAAUGCUUUCACUAAUGACGGCUUCCUGCAAGACAACGGUAAAUCUGGCUCAAUGCCAGAUCUCCGUCGACAUCUAGCAAGCCGGCAGUCAAUGAAUCUCGGCUACCCACCGCAGAUGUUACCGCAACCACCGCCAGCGUACUGGCAACACCUUGCUGAUAGACAAUACGCUGCCAGUCUCCGGGGCUACCCCAAGUCCUACCAAGCUCCACAGAUAUAUGGAACAUGGGUUGGACCCAGGUCGGGUCCCUACGACAACCCCUAUAAACGAAGACACUCCAUUGUAGGAGCUUUCCAAACUGACGAAUACCCACCAAAAGGCUACGAUUACGAAGACAGAAUGGAUUGUAAGAGUGAGAUAGCUUACCCCUAUUAUCGGUCUUACCCCUACGAUCCGAGAGUUUACCCCCCAGAUUAUGACCCCAGAUUUUACCCUGAAUAUAAAAGGGAGGAUGCAGCGUAUGGUGUCAAUUUGCUAAGACAUGAACCGUAUCAUUUUAGUGGAUCAAGAGAAAGAGUGUUCUACAGUAUGAGAAAUAGUCACACGUCUGUGGGAAACGAGUCGGAUGAUUUGACUAAAUAUAAGGAUGUUGCUUUGUAA